AUGGAAAAAGAUGAUCCAUCAGAAUUUUUAGAUAAUGCUACUCGUAAAGUUCCGUUAUCGUUAUCACAUCCGGAAAUUUCAACGACUUUUCAACUAAUACAUGUAAUCAAUGAAUUAUCUCAUAUUUUGUAUAAUAUGCUCAAAUCCGGCGAAGCACAAGAAAAAACAGCACAAGAACUGCGCAUGCGCAUUGAUGGACAUGGUUGUGAUGCACAAUUAAUCUCCAUUUUACACCAUCAAGAUAAAAAACUAUCAAAAAUCGGCAAUCCAAAAUGA